AUGGUUUCAUUACAUACUCGCAGCCUUUUGGCUGCGUUCUCAACCACAGCAAUGGCUCAGUUGACCUAUUUGAGAACAUCAUCAGUCGUCCCAACCCCGACACCAACAGCUUCCGAUCUGUCUUCGACUUCAACCCCCUUAGCAACAAGAACAAUAGCUGUCGGUCUUGAGGGGCACGCCUUUACACCAAAGGAAACAACUGCCAAUGUUGGGGAUAUCAUCAAGUUCAACUUCUACCCCGGCGGCCACCGCGUCUCCCGAGCAGAAUUCGGCUUCCCGUGCAUACCCUACGAAUACGUGAACGGAAACACGGAAGGGUUCUGGACGGGGGUGUUUAAUCCGCAGGCUAUUCUCAAUCCGCCCCCCUCCUACGAAGUCCGCGUGAACGACACCCUCCCCAUAUUCUUCUACUGCGCCGCUCCAAACUCUUGCACCGACUGGCAGAUGAUCGGAGUCAUAAACCCGAACUCCACGGCCACGUUUGACGCCCAGCUUGCUUUGGCCAGUCAGGCUAAGCUCCAGUUGGAGCCGGGGGAGCCGUUUCCUACUGAGAGUGCUAAGAACGGUCCGACGACGAGUCCUGUUCCUAGUGGCGAUAACGACAACGACAAUGGGGGAGGGGGGCUGGCGCCGGGAGCGAUAGCGGGGAUUGCGAUUGGGGCUGCGGCGGUUGUGGUACUGGCGGCCGUGUUGCUGUACUUGUGUGGGAGGAGGGGUGGGUUUGAUAAGGCUUAUCGGAAGAGCUUUGCUGGGGCGGGGAGGGGGAAUAGUAUGGCUGAGGCUGCUAGUUAUAAUCCGAAGAGUCCGGGGGGGGGUGGUACCGUUCCUGGGUUUGGUGAUGGGGGGGUUUAUGGGCAGUUUGGACAACAUGGGAGUCCGGUUGUCGGUGGAGGGGGAGGAUACCAUGCCGGGAUGGGGAGCAGCCCGCCGGGGAGUGCGCACCCGGGGUAUGUCAGCCAGCAGCAUACGGGGUUUAGUGAGGGGAGUUAUGGGCUUGGGCAUCGUUCUGCGCAUGCGAGUCCGCAGCCGGGGUAUCUACCUCCUUUUGGAUAUACACCACCGCCGCCGCCGCCGGUGCCGGUGCCGGUGCAGGCGCCUGCUGAGUUGGAUAGUGGCGGUGGCCAGGGGGUGACGGGGAGCCCGCCGCCGAGGUAUCCUGAGGGGGAUACUUGGGGGAGGAAGUAA